GAAUGUGCUGCCAGGGGGGAGGAUUACGAGCGGGUGAAGCUGCUGGAGAUCAGCGCCGAGGACGCGGAAAGGUGGGAGAGGAAAAAGAAGAGGAAAAAUCCAGAUCUUGGGUUUUCAGAUUACGCGGCUGCCCAGCUGCGCCAGUACCAGCGGCUCACGAGGCAGAUCAAACCCGACCUGGAGCAGUACGAGAAGCUGAAGGAGCAGUACGGGGAGGCGCUUUACCCAACCUCAGACAGUCUCCUCCACGGAAGCCACGUGCCCUCCAAAGAAGGGGUUGAUAGGAUGGUUGCAGAUCUUGAAAAACAGUAA